CUAGGGCUUCCCUAUUUCCUGGUUCGCCGGCGGCCAUCUUGGGUGGAAGCGAUAGCUGAGUGGCGGCGGCUGCCGAUUGUGUUCUAAGGGGACGGAGUGGGGAAAGACGUCUGCUCUGCUGGAACAGCCUAUCUCAUUCCUUUCUUUCGACUGCCCGUGGCGCGGAGAGUCGGGGAGGCGGCUGCGGCAGCAAGGGCGGAGGUGGCGGCGGCGGCAGCUGCAGUGACAUGUCCAGCAUGAAUCCCGAAUAUGAUUAUUUAUUCAAGUUACUUCUGAUUGGCGACUCUGGGGUUGGAAAAUCUUGCCUCCUUCUUAGGUUUGCAGAUGAUACAUAUACAGAAAGCUACAUCAGCACAAUUGGUGUGGAUUUCAAAAUAAGAACUAUAGAGUUAGAUGGGAAAACAAUCAAGCUACAAAUUUGGGACACAGCAGGCCAAGAAAGAUUUCGAACAAUCACCUCCAGUUAUUACAGAGGAGCUCAUGGCAUCAUAGUUGUGUAUGAUGUGACAGAUCAGGAGUCCUUCAAUAAUGUCAAACAGUGGCUUCAGGAAAUAGAUCGUUAUGCCAGUGAAAACGUCAACAAGUUGUUGGUAGGGAACAAAUGUGAUCUGACUACAAAGAAAGUAGUAGACUACACAACAGCAAAGGAAUUUGCUGAUUCCCUUGGAAUUCCAUUUUUGGAAACCAGUGCUAAGAAUGCAACGAAUGUAGAACAGUCUUUCAUGACGAUGGCAGCUGAGAUUAAAAAACGAAUGGGCCCUGGAGCAACAGCUGGUGGCGCAGAGAAGUCCAAUGUUAAAAUUCAGAGCACUCCGGUCAAGCAGUCAGGUGGGCUGCUGCUAAAAUUUGCCUCCGUCUUUUUCUCACAGCAAUGAAUUUGCAAUCUGAACCCAAGUGAAAAACAAAUUGCCUGAAUUGUACUGUAUGUAGCUGCACUACAACAGAUUCUUACCGUCUCCACAAAGGUCAGAGAUUGUAAAUGGUCAAUACUGACUUUGUUUUUAUUCCCUUGACUCAAGACAGCUAACUUCAUUUUCAGAACUGUUUUAAACCUUUGUGUGCUGGUUUAUAAAAUAAUGUGUGUAAUCCUUGUUGCUUUCCUGAUACCAGACUGUUUCCCGUGGUUGGUUAGAAUAUAUUUUGUUUUGAUGUUUAUAUUGGCAUGUUUAGAUGUCAGGUUUAGUCUUCUGAAGAUGAAGUUCAGCCAUUUUGUAUCAAACAGCACAACCAGUGUCUGACACUUUCCAUGCAUAAAGUUUAGUGAGAUGUUAUACGUAAGACCUGAUUUGCUAGUUCUUCCUUGUAGAGUUAUAAAUGGAAAGAUUACACUAUCUGAUUAAUAGUUUCUUCAAACUCUGCAUAUAAUUUGUGGCUGCAGAAUAUUGUAAUUUGUUGCACACUAUGUAACAAAACAACUGAAGAUAUGUUUAAUAAAUAUUGUACUUAUUGGAAGUAAUAUCAAACUGUAUGGUGAUAAGUAUUGUUUUAAUUCUUAUGGUUAAAGGGAAAUAGAUUUCAUUACACUCAAAACAGCCAUUUCUGUGUGCAGCCAGGGAAUACUAGACCAAUAGGGCAGUAGCCAAUAUUUGCUUUCAAACUAAUAGACCUGAUAAGAGACCUGGGUUAGGGAGCUGUCUGUGGUGUUAGGGAUUUAACCAACUUCGGUGAUUUAAGAAGCUCAAAUUGUAUGGAAAGCAAGUUUAGAAUAUGUACUUCUAUUAUUUUUCUCUAAAACCAUUUGAAAUGGCUUUACAGUCAACAUUUUUAUUAAUUCAUCUGGAAUAGAGGUAGGAGGAGCACACCCUAAUGAGCAAGCAGGCAUAGUGUGUUAAUAUUUCAUGAUGCUCUGAAUCAGCAUGUCAGUUGUUUCAUAAGGGUAGAAUUCAUGUUGGAGUUUACCCAUUAAAGUAGAGAGCAGGAAAUAUGGGACUGGGGAUAUACCUCAGUAGUAGAGUGCUUGCCUAACACAUGGCAUGGCCUCGGGUCUCCAGCAUGUUACAAGGCAGGAAACUCUGUUGCCUCAAUUUUCAACAUUAUAUCUCUGAAAAUUAACCGAAACAUGACUGCUAGGUAGGAAUGGUAAAUGAAAGAAAUAUCUCGACAAAAUUUUUGUAUGUGUGAAAAUUUUGUUAAAUAGGACUUUCAGGAUCCUGGGUUUUUUUAUUUCAUUGUGGGAAACAACCUGUUGCUGACACUGGUGAUUUGAAGUGGCAGAGAUGGAAAGUUAUUUCCUUUGGGUAAAGUAGCAGCCAAAACAUUCUUGACAUGGGUGCUUGAGAUAUGGCUGUCAGCAACACAUUUUUAGGGAGUCUUUAAUGAGAAAAUUCAAGUUAAAAACAAGCCAAAAAUUACAAUUUUUUUAUUUUUCACUAAACAGGCAAUUGAAAUACAUGGUACAAAAAUAAGUGGUAAGAUCAUUGUAAAAUGAAAUGAACAGAAUACUCAAUUUCCACCUAUGAGAAUUUCACAAUAAAAUCACAGUUUACUUUGUA